AUGAGACUCAACACCACAAAGGCCCACGGUGUAUCUUACGACGGUACAUAUGUGUACUGGGUGCAGACGGAGCAGGGGCACCAAGCUAUCAUGCGGGCGCAGCUGGACGACUUCGCAAAGACCAAGCAAGUGCUAGUGAGUAUUGGCUUGGAAGACCCGGGCGACAUCGCCAUAGACUGGCUGGGGGGACACCUGUACUUCAGUGAUGUGGAAAGGGGAGCCAUCUCCGUCUGUCGCACUGACGGCUCCAUGUGCACUAACUUGCACACUAACGCGAAACAGCCCAGAUUCGUCACCCUUGAUGUUAAGAACGGGACCAUGUACUGGGCAGAUUGGCACCACAGACCCCUCAUCAUGAUGGCUCGUAUGGACGGCUCCCAGCCCGAGGUCCUCAUCGACAGCUUACACACCUUCGCCACAGGACUAGCCCUGGACAUCCCUAACGGACGGCUGUACUACGUGGACAAGACGAUCAAGGUGUUCAAACUGGACAGCAGGCAGGGUUACUCACUCUUCGAGGAGCCAUUCCACCAUCCGUACGCCAUCGCGGUGUUUGAGAAUACCAUCUUCUGGAGCGACUGGACGUCCAACAGCAUCCAGACCAUAGACAAGCUGCACGGCCCCUCAUCCAAGAGGUCUAUGCUCAUCACUCUGGACACUCCGAUCUAUGAUAUGCACAUAUACCACCCAGUGCUGUACGCGAAUAUACACAACCCAUGCGCCAACGCGACCUGUUCCCACCUUUGUCUUAGGGUCACCAACACCACCGUGACCUGCGCUUGCCCCACCGGCAUGGUGCUGCAUGGGAACAAUUGCGAACUCAAAGAAGACUACCACCCCCUUUACCUAGUGGUGGGAGGAGGGUCUUUCUUCUCGCGCCUGGACUACAACAGCCUAGGCAACCCCGAGGUCCACACCACGCACUUUGAUAUCGGACGCGUUCAGGCGAUGGCUUAUGAUAAUACAAGAGACACGCUGUACAUCUACGACGGCCAGCGCAAGACCAUCAACUACAUCAACAUGAGUGACUUCACGCUCGGGAUCACGCACCUGUUCCUGCUGAAAGGGCUGGAGGACAUCGUUGAUAUGGACUACGACUACGUCACCGACUCCUUAUACCUGGUGGACGCUGGACGGCACUUCAUCGAGGUGGUUUCCCUCCGCACCCAGCAGAGGGCGCUGCUGUUCAGGUUCGCGGAAGACGAGACACCCGUCAGCAUCUGCGUCAUGCCGGAUUAUGGGAAAAUGCUUGUGGCAAUAAUGGUAAACGAGGAAAACAAAAUCUUCUGCAUCGACAGCAUUGGUCUGGACGGACAAGACAGGGAGCACCUCAUUAGGACUGACAUAAGAGACAACAAGAAAAAACAGCUACUGUCAGUCAACAGUGAUGAUGCUUCUUCGGACAACAAGGAAAAACAGCUGCUGUCAGUCAGCAGUGAUUUUAUUUCUUUAGAAGAAGAAGAGAAAGAAAACAUAUCAAAUGACAACAAGAAAAAACAGCUACUGUCAGUCAACAGUGAUGAUGCUUCUUCGGACAACAAGGAAAAACAGCUGCUGUCAGUCAGCAGUGAUUUUAUUUCUUUAGAAGAAGAAGAGAAAGAAAACAUAUCAAAUGGCGGGCAGAUCCCCGAAAAAACGUAA